AUGGACCCGCGCGACACGGCCAGAGAGGCUCUCCGCGACUCCGUAAAGUGCUGGUCCGACUUUGUUUCCAAAUGCCUCACGAAGCGCCUCGACGCCGGCCCCUUUGAGGAAUACGUCAAGCUCGUCUUCGCCAGGCAUCCGCUGACCCCCGAGGUCAUCGCCGACUUCCUGCUGCAGCCGCAAGCGUCCAAUUGCGUCAGCCCCGACCCGCGGAUCCCGCCGUACGUCUCCGUGCUCACCCAGCUGCGGUACAUUGACGCCGUGUCCAUCCUCCGGUCGCUGUACAGAUACUCGUCGCUGCACGCGCAGACGCCGCUGCAAACACAAGGCCAUGGCCAAGAUCAACAUCAAGACCAAGACCACCACCACCACCACCACCAACAACAACAACAACAGCCACCACAAGAACGAGAGCAACAGAAAGAAGGAGAACAGGAAGCAAAAGAUGCACCGCCGAAAGAGCACGAACACGAGCACGAGCACGAAAAGACAUUGCUAGGCGACGUCACGCGCGAUCCCCAGCACGAUACCCUACGGCCAUCCCGAACUCGAUGGAAAAGCUCGUCCUGGCUCGAAGAAGUCAUGUUCUAUCACGUCAUACGGCUGGUAGUCGAAGGCACUGCCUCCAAGGAUUCGCGCACGGCGCUCGAGCUUAUCCACGUCACCUCCAAAUGGAUGUCUCUCUUUGCUGCUGCGUCCAAUUCCAUGGCUGCCGAAAUGCUCAGUGGCACCCUGCAGGACCCCCAGAUUCGCCACGAUAUGGAGGUCUCGAGGGCAGCUUUUGUGCCUCUACUGCUUCGGCUAGUCGAUAACCCGGCUCUCGUCAAGAUCAUUAGCCACCCGUCCGCCAAAGCGCUACGGAAAGAAUUCUCAGACAGCCUUACAUCUUUUGUGCAUGUGUUUCAGCCUGUCCCGCCAUUCGUGGAAAAACUCGAAAUGUUCAGAACAGAGGUUCUAGCCCCCUUGGAUCCGACGGAGAAGAAUAACCAAGCUGCCAAUGCCAUGGAUGAGCUUCUUGACUCUACCGUGGGUUUGGAUAACCUCAUGAUUCCAGAUAUGCCAAUAACAAACACAAGGGCGGGCUUAUACGUCUACCUCGGCGCUUCUCUUGUUGGCCGACCACUUAUAGACGACCAUGCCUUUUUCUCAUAUUUGAAUAAUAGAUACCAGGGAAACAACCAGCAGAGCGCGAUUGAUCUGAUUUUAGCCUCUUUUGACUUGCUUGCAAACGCUGUUUUCAGGAACGAAGGCCCCAGAGACGCCCACCUGCUGCGGUCUUUUUUGACAAACAAGGUGCCCCUGAUACUCGGUCAACUUUGCCCUCCCGGCUUUUCAACGCCGUCAGCCGAAUUUUGUAUCACUCAGGCUCUUUCUCAAGUCGAUACAAGCGUUUUUCCUACCGCGUCACUCAUGUUUGACGAAUCGCGAAAUAACAACCCCUAUACAGAGAGUGUUCGGGAAGAGUUCUGCUCUGCCUGCGCUCUCCACGGGCUGAUAGAGCGCGAACACGUAGAGCGGAUUCUGGGAGAGAGUUCCAUGUCGUAUGAACCGUCCCAGGAGAAAUACUCCAAGGAGAAGUUGGUUCAAAGCUGUCUAUCUGACCCUGAUAAGAUCCAAGCGCUUGUUCGCGAUAUGGACAAGAUGGACGGCAAUGUCGGGGCAGUAUGCCAGGCGCUUGUAGAGUUAUUACGGCAACUCUGUAACAGCAAGGAUACAAUGUCCCUAAAGAUACUCUGUAGCCAGCUGGCCCAGAAGCCCCAGUCUCUGGACGUUCUCCUGUUGUUCGAAAAGCUACCGACCAUCUUGGAUCCCAUAUGCCAGCUUUUGGAUGGCUGGCGAUACGAGGAGGACCAGGGGGAGUACCAGCCUGUCUACGAGGAAUUUGGCGCCAUCUUGCUGCUGGUGCUGGCCUUUGCGUACCGAUACAGCCUAUUCCCGGCAGACAUUGGCAUUUUGGCGACAGACUCGAGCGUUGCCAAAAUCAUCGGCCGGGCUCACAUCAGCCGUGGGCUGGACCGGCUAUCGGAGCAGGAACACGGACACCUCGGUGGAUGGAUCCAUGGCCUCUUCGACAGUGAUGCGGGGGGACUGGGGGAUGACUUGAUGUCGUCUUGCCCGCCCGCAGAAUUCUAUCUCCUCAUCGCGACGCUGUUUGAGAACAUUGUGAUUGCAUAUACGCAAGGCUCGCUAACCGACGACUCCCUUAAGUCGGGUGUUGAGUACUUGGUUGACACGUUCCUGCUGCCCUCGCUUAUACCCGCGAUUCGGUUCUUGUCCGACUACCUUUGGGUCGAGCAGAAGGAGCAAAAAUCCAUUAUCAAAAUUCUGCAGCUAAUCCUGUUGCCCACGUCCAUAUCUGGCGAGGCCAGUACCAUGCUUGCCUCGGUCAAGGGGAUAAUCGCGAAGCCGCUGGAGCACUCCCUGCGAGCAUAUCAGCGACAGGACCCAAAGAAUCAGGACAUUGAGCCGCUGCUGAGGGCUCUGAAGGACAGCUUGCCGCAUUCCAGGCGGACGGGAGCUGCCGAGCAUCAAGAGCUGGAGAUGUGGACGGCCAGCUCCAGCAGCGGUCUUGCCGGAGCGGCUAAGCAUUUGAUACAGAACCUGGUGCAAUGGGGCAUGCAUCCACAGAUGACGGCAAUGCCAACCUCGUAUACGCAUCGGCAGAUGAUUGCAACGCUCAAGAUAGUCGGCGCGAACAGGCUGCUGCGGGUCAUGCUGGAGGAGAUACGCCAGCAGACCCUGGCAGGCAGUGGGAGCAUUGCCUAUGACGUGGUGACGGCGCUGGUGUGUGCGCCGAACGUGAGCAAUGAGCUGCCGCUGACGAGCGGCCUGUUGGACGAAACGGGGAGCCUGCCUCCGCCGCUGCAGCGGCGUCUCACUCUUCGAGAGGUUCUCAAGAUGGAGGCGGAGAACUACAGGAGGCUGCACAAGAAGGACCCCGAACUGGCGGAGAUCACGGUCCGGCUCUAUAGGAGAGUCGAAGCGCAGUUGGUCCUGCCGCCGCCGCCGACGAUGCUGCAGGCGGCUGACAUGCAGCUGGACCUGGCCGGUGACGCGACGGGCUUGGGAGAUGCCAUGGCUGCGGCUGCCGGAGUCCAGGGUGAUGGUACAAUGGCAAUUGACGGCGUGGGCAACCUGGACAUGAGCAUCGGUGGCGUCUCGGCCGAUCUGGGCCUGGGAGCGUCUGGCAACAACGGCGGGCUGGACGCGUCGGCUGAGGCGGAUUUGUUUGGCGGCCUGGACACCGAUAUGGACGUGUUUGACGGAUGGAGCGGCAUGGAUCUCGGAGGGCCAUGACAGAAGAGCAGUACUUGUUUGAAUAUGUGUACUGACGGAAAGGAGGAGGCAAUCUGGUGGGAUACUAGGCAUCGGGUAUCAUGUGGUUGUGAUGAUGAUGUCUCCCUCUGAUGGAAUAGCUUACAAAGAAUUGAUCAGCAGACGAUGUCAUGAAAGAGACGUGGUGGUCUCUACAGUUACUCGGUAUGGCUCAGGCUCUGCCUGAUCAG